CUGCGGGGGCCGUGGGGUCCGACGGGGACGAGGGUGGGGUCAACUUCAAGACCGCACGGACGACACUUCGAGCUACCGCCUAGACUCGUGAGGAGCAAUGCUGUGGUUCCAGGGCGCCAUUCCAGCCGCCAUCGCGUCGGCCAAGAGGAGCGGAGCGGUCUUCGUGGUGUUCGUCGCAGGUGAUGAUGAGCAAUCUACACAGAUGGCUGCAAGUUGGGAAGAUGAGAAAGUGACAGAAGCAUCUUCAAACAGUUUUGUCGCUAUUAAAAUUGAUACCAAAAGUGAAGCCUGCCUACAGUUCUCACAAAUCUAUCCUGUAGUGUGUGUUCCAUCAAGUUUCUUCAUUGGAGACAGUGGAAUUCCCUUGGAAGUAAUAGCUGGAAGUGUUUCUGCAGAUGAACUUGUUACAAGAAUUCACAAAGUGCGGCAGAUGCACUUAUUAAAAGGUGAAUCAUCGGUGGCAAAUGGCAGCGAGUCAGAAAGUUCAGUCUCUACUCCAUCCAACUCAUUUGAACCCAACAACACUUCUGAAAAUUCUCUGUGUGGAAAUGGAGAGCUUUGUGAGGCACCAUCCACUUCUGAUACAAAGUCGGAUUCUGCAACAGGAGGAGAGAGAUCAGAUCAUGCCAUGCCAUCUCAGGAGCCCAGUGGCUGUUCAAAUCAGAGACCUGCGGAGGACCUCACUGUUAGAGUGGAAAGACUAACCAAAAAACUUGAAGAAAGGAGAGAAGAGAAAAGGAAAGAAGAAGAACAGAGAGAGAUUAAAAAGGAAAUUGAGAGGAGAAAAACUGGAAAAGAAAUGUUGGAUUAUAAAAGAAAGCAAGAAGAGGAAUUAACAAAAAGAAUGUUAGAGGAAAGAAACAGAGAAAAGGCAGAAGAUAGAGCAGCUCGAGAGCGUAUAAAACAGCAAAUUGCAUUGGAUCGUGCAGAGAGAGCUGCUCGUUUUGCAAAAACAAAGGAAGAAGUGGAAGCUGCUAAAGCUGCUGCCUUGCUGGCUAAACAGGCAGAAAUGGAAGUUAAGAGGGACUCUUCUGCAAGAGAAAGAAGCACUGUUGCAAGGAUUCAGUUCCGUCUUCCUGAUGGUUCUUCCUUUACAAAUCAGUUCCCUUCUGAUGCUCCUCUAGAAGAGGCAAGGCAGUUUGCUGCACAGACUGUUGGCAACACUUACGGUAAUUUUUCAUUAGCAACCAUGUUUCCCAGGAGAGAAUUCACUAAAGAAGAUUAUAAAAAGAAAUUAUUGGAUUUGGAACUUGCCCCAAGUGCUUCAGUGGUACUGUUGCCAGCAGGUAGACCAACUACAUCCAUGGUACAUUCUUCCAGUGGAGACUUUUGGACAUUGUUGGGGACAGUACUUUACCCAUUCCUUGCCAUCUGGAGAUUGAUUAGCAACUUCUUAUUUAGCAGUCCUCCUGCACAGACCUCAGUGAGAGCAGCAUCAUCGGAAUCCUCAAACCUUGCAUCAUCUAGCAAUUCAGAAAAAAGGGAACCCGUCAGAAAAAGAGUGUUGGAGAAACGGGGGGAAGACUUUAAAAAGGAGGGGAAGAUAUAUAGAUUGAGGACUCAAGAUGAUGGUGAAGAUGAAAACAACACUUGGAAUGGAAAUUCUACACAACAAAUGUAGUAUGACAAGUACAUUAUGUGCAAUAAUCAUUGCUUCUCUUACGAUUUAAUUCAACUAAAAUUCUACUGGAGAGAGGUGGGACUACUUUGUUUUCUAACCAAUCUAUAAAGUGUCUCUUUAAUUCCUGCUUAGUGGGUUAAAGUCGUUUAACUCAGACAAGUCAAAAGAUAAAAUAAUUCAGUUAGGUCCUUGCAUAUGGUAACUAACUGCUAGAAGCUUAAAAGAAUCAAAUCUGCCACAACCUCCCUUUAUCAGCUUUCUUAUUCAGUAUGUCCUAUACCCAUUAGCCCUGUGUUCUCAGAUGGUAACUUUUGUUUAGAGCUGUUUUGCUCCUGAACUCCUAAACCCACACAAAGUAACUGGUAUGUUACUGAGUAAUUUGACUCUUGAGUCAGAGCAUUUUAACUAUCCAGUCAGAUGAUAAUUUAUGUUUUUUCCUCCUCUUUCCACUCAUCAGCUGCAAGCAAAAUCUUGUAGUUUUUAAUCUUAAACACUGAAUAAAAAAAUCUUUUCAAAGAAAUUGGAAUGAUCUUAUUUUUGCUUUAAGUUUUGUUAUCCUAGCAUCUUUUUGUUUCACAGGGCUAUGUUGAGGUCUUGUGUUUGCACUUUGCAUAAUGUUACAGUUUUUGUUCUCAUUAGAUGCAGAAAAACAGCUAAUAUACAGCUGGUCUUCUUACCUUUAGUUUUGCUGUCAGUAAUCACAUCUCAAAGACCUGAAGUAUUUGUAGUGUAGGACAAGAAGAAUGGAAUAAAGACAUGCCUUAAUCUGACUUACAUGCUACUUUCUCCGUGUUUUGGGUAUUGACGUCCACUAAACUAAUAAUGUUUGAAAAAGGGGGUUAGCUUGACAGUUCCUCUUUUAACCUCCUUUUAGAUGGGAAGAUACUACUCUUGAGUGGACACACAAAAGGACUCUAUAUUUUCUAAUGGGAGGAAAAGUUUUCUCAGCAGACCUUUUUGAAGAAGUAACAAUGACAUUUUAAAAUGAUAAUAGUAAUUGUUGGCAAGGAAAUGGUGAGACAAACUACACUGGUGGUUGAAGUAUUAACUAGUAUAACCUUUUUGAAAAACAUCAGAAACAAAUAAUUCAUACUCUUUGAUCCCAUUAUUUUCUUAAGAAACAAUCAUAAAUGCAGAAAAAGUUUAGAUAUAAGUAUAUUCAUUGUUAUAUUUAUUUUACCUAAUAACUAGAAAGUAACUGAAUGCUUUGUGCAGAAAUAACUUGAUGAGGAAGAAUGGUACAAUACUAAUUUGACAAUAUAUUUAUCAAUCAGGAUAUGAAGGUGUGGGUACAGUGUGAUCUUAGCUUUGUAAACACAUUUUAAGUACAGACAUUACUAUGCAUUGACAUAAUGCAAAGAAAAAAGAAAAUACCAAACAUUAACAGUGGUAAGAGUGGUUAUAUGUGAUUUUAGCACCCGUGUAGGUUUUUUGCACCCUUAAAUGUUUUCUCAAUUUUCUGCAAUGGUCAUAUUACUUCCAUAGUUAAAAAGUAAGCUUGAAAAAAGAAAUCCAGCAGUCAUCCCAUUUCAGUUUGUUGUCUUAAAAAAUAUAGUGAUAAUGUGAUUUAAAAACAAACAAAUAAAACUUGUCAGAUGGGUGUGACCCUACUAAUAACUAUUAAAAAAAUAUAUCUGCAAAAACUUGUGGUACCUCAAGUCAGUUUGCCUUGGAAAAACAUCAGAUACAGAUCUUAGAAAAAUGUAUGUAAAAGAGUAGUUCACAAUCUUUGAGUAAGAGGAUCCCUCCUCAGUUUUAUAUUUUAAAAAGUAUACAUGGUAAGGAAAAACUCAAAACAGUAUAGGAGGCUAUAAAAUGAAAAUGAAAUCCCCCUCUUUGCAUCUUAACCUCCAGUUUUAUUCCCACAAAGUAACCUUAAUCUAUUAAGUUUCUUUUGUAAUCUCCAGGAAAUUUUUAUGUAUGUUAAGCAAAUAUGUAACCAUUAUAUUUUAAAUAAAUGGGAUCAUAUUAUAUAUA